CAAAGCUUGUUCCAUGCGGCCAGAAAUUCUAUUAAGAGGAUCUAUCUGGUGGAUGUGACUCGCACACACAGCCUCUACUCAAACACGCAACCUCAUUCUUCUCUCUCUGUUUUUUUCCAAAACCCCAUAAUUGGGCUAGGUACAACCUUCAUUCUCUUCUCUUUGUGUCCACAUUAACUUCCUUCCUCUCCAAAUGGCUCAGAAGGUGAUCUUGAAGGUCUUGACCAUGACCGAUGACAAAACAAAGCAGAAAGCAAUAGAAGCUGCAGCUGAUAUAUAUGGGAUAGAUUCAAUUGCAGCAGAUCUGAAGGAGCAGAAGUUAACAGUUGUAGGAUCAAUGGAUGCAGUGGCAAUUGUGAAGAAGUUGAAGAAAGUAGGGAAGGUGGACAUAGUAUCAGUUGGUCCAGCUAAAGAAGAAAAGAAGGAAGAAAAGAAAGAGGAGAAGAAAGAAGAGAAGAAAGAAGAGAAGAAGGAAGAAAAGAAAGAGGAGAAGAAAUGAGUAUGCCAAUAAUUUCAAUCAAUAUUACCCUCAGGCUCUUGUUAUUAAUUUCAGUUUUUUAGUAUAUCAGAGAGGAAUGUUUGUGAUAAGCUUUAAUUAUGAUUUUCCCAUGAACAAAUAUAUCUAUUACAAAAGCUCAUGGUACUUAUUUACAUCCAUGUAGUUUAUAGCAGGUUAGUCUUAGUCCUAUGAAAUAAAAUGAGAAAUGUUGGGGAUUAA